UAUAACAGGGGCUUGUGUUCUGUGGUGCUGGUCAUUCUGUUUCUCACCAGAGAUGAUGAUGGAGCCAGAUGAUUUGUGUAGCAUUAUUUCUUUCUCGUUAUAUUUUUAGCCGCUCAGUUUAAUUUUGAUUGAAUAUCCAGUUAUAGUAUAUUUGUUAUUUCUACUUUUGUACUCGACCCAGGGCUGCUAUUCUUUGGAUUUACGCAGACUUUGAUUUUGGAUAAUUAUCCAUGCUCAGGGAGGGGAAGUCAUGCUUUUAGACCCUUGUUUUUCUGUUUUGUAGUUUCUGCCGCUAAAGUAAGAUUAUUUUGGCGCACACAAUUUAGCAAAUGUACCUAUUAUUUGGAUAAGUGGAAAUAUUUGCCCCUGUCCGCUCAAAAAUCGUAAUUUUUCAGAAAGAAUGAGUGAUUGACAUUUAACUAAUGGAACAUGUUUUGAGCUCGCCACUCCUCUAGUCACCUUUGUGGACACGAGCAGGACUUUAGGUGAUCGUUUGAGCCGUUGCAUGACUGCACAAACCCUGACGCAUCUGCAGAGCACCAGACUGCGGCAAUGGAAAGUAUAUCAAACGAAAGUGACUUUUGGCAGUUCAACGAGACGUGGCGGAACUUAAACCUCCUUAACGGAACCGGUUUGUUGAAUCAGACGAACCCUCUGAAGCGGAAUGAGGAGGUGGCAAAGGUGGAGGUGACUGUGCUCGCUCUGGUGCUGUUUCUGGCGCUGGCGGGGAACCUGUGCGUCCUGCUGGCCAUCCACACCACCAAGCACAGCCAGUCCCGCAUGUAUUACUUCAUGAAGCACCUGAGCAUCGCAGAUCUAGUGGUGGCUAUAUUUCAAGUUCUUCCUCAACUUAUCUGGGACAUUACAUUUCGGUUUUACGGACCAGACAUUCUGUGCAGGUUGGUGAAAUACCUUCAGGUUGUUGGGAUGUUCGCCUCCACCUACAUGUUAGUUUUGAUGUCCGUGGACAGGUGUUUGGCCAUUUGUCAGCCUCUCCGCUCUUUGCACAGAAGAAAAGACCGUUUUUAUGUCAUCUUUUCCUGGGUGUUGAGUCUGCUGUUCAGCAUCCCGCAGAUGUUUAUUUUCUCCCUGAUAGAGGUCGGCUCUCCGGGAUCAGGGGUGUAUGACUGCUGGGGAGACUUUGUGAAGCCGUGGGGAGCCAAAGCUUACAUCACAUGGAUCAGUCUCACCAUAUACAUCAUUCCAGUUGCGAUACUGAGCAUAUGUUACGGCUUGAUAAGCUUCAAAAUAUGGCAAAACUUUAAACUGAAAACCCGGCGGGAGCAGUGCAUCAGCCUGACGCCCAAAACCUCCAAAGGCAACGCGCUGGCGCGGGUGAGCAGCGUGAAGCUCAUCUCCAAGGCAAAGAUAACCACGGUGAAAAUGACUUUUGUGAUCGUCGUGGCUUACAUCGUCUGUUGGACCCCAUUCUUCUCUGUGCAGAUGUGGUCUGCCUGGGAUCCAGCUGCGCCUCGUGAGGCCAUGCCCUUCAUCAUCUCCAUGCUGCUGGCCAGCCUCAACAGCUGCUGUAACCCCUGGAUCUACAUGUGCUUCGCCGGGCAUCUGUUCCACGACCUGCGGCAGAACUUUCUGUGCUGCUCCUCUCGAUACCUCAAGUCCUCCCAGUGUCACUGUGAGCGUGACUUUGACUCCAGUCACAAGAGCAUCUCCUCCACCUUUGUCAUAAAGAGCACGAGCAGUCAGAGGAGCAUCACACAGACUUCCAGCACAUAAGGACCCCAUCCUCUUUUGCUUUUAUUUAACCCCUUCUAGUCUGCCUUUCACAACGUGCUGUCACCCAAAAAAAAAAAAAAUCAAGCAGUUCAACUCCCGUUGAAAGCUCUUCAGCUCAGGGGGAAGAAAAGCAAAUGGCUUAUUUCUCUCCUUUCCAUGUCUUUGCAAUGUAAAGUUAUAAUUUAAGUGUAAAAUAGAAACAUGUACAGUUAUUAUAAAGGAUGUGAUAUUUUGCUCAUAAAAAAUAUGCGGUGAUAAUCAUUUACCAGGCUGAGCAAUGAACUGAAUACUUCUGUUGUCUUUGUUUUUAGAUUGAAGAUGUACAGUAUAUAUGUUAACUUUAUGGAAAAGAGAAUAUUUUAAUGAUUUGGCCAGCCACACUAUUGAUUUAGUUAAUGUCACCUGUAGAGGCUAAAACUGGUGUUAGUCCGUGUUAUGAAUAAUCUGUAAGAUGAUAUUAACUUUGUUACAUUUGGAUUGCACAUGUAAACUGUUACUUGAGCUAUUGUAAUAUGUGAUACGUCAUGGCUGUCAGCACUAAUUGUUUUAAAAGGAAAAGUCAAGAAAAGAAGAAUAAAAAGGAAAAAAAAGGAAAAUAAAUAAGAAUGAAAGCAGCAAAACAAACGCCCUGACAAUUCUAUUGUACCUCUAUUAUGUUCACCUUUAGCUGAUGCUCAUUAGAGCUCUCUUUGCGGGGAUGGUUGAAGAAAAAACUUGGCACGCUUGCUGGGAAUGUCCUACAGGGAUGUUUGUCCACCCUGAAUCAAUAACGUCACUGAGUUCCUGCAAAGUUUUGGCAGCACUUUAACACUUCCAACAUCCUGUUCACCUCAGCCCUCAAGUGAAAUCUGAACACUGCAGAGACUCCUAAAUGUCCUCAAGUAACUUGUGUAUUUGAAGGUUUCUUGAGCCAACAUUUGGUUCGUGAGUUGGUGCAGUAUCCUUCAGGAAGUGACAUCAAAGUGUCUCCCUCGAGUCACAGCCAUGGAAAAGAAAGACACUGCUACAUCUUUGAAUGUCUUAUUUUACUUUGGACCAAAAAAAAAGUCAUUGUGACUAAAAAUUGUAAUCUUUGACAGCCCUACAUAAUACAAAUACUUUUGACAGUCUCAACAAGUCUCUUUGUUUUACAUUUUCA